UCAUUUGACUAUCGAUACCCCCGAUACACCAAUUAGCUACCAUACCUACAAGUAAUCGCACCAUGACAACAGAAGCCCUUAAAACCGGGAUCCCUGAAUGGGCGGCUGGGUUGUUGAGCAGCGACUUAAGAGAACAGGAGCGAUGCGCGGUGGAAAUUCGUCGCCUCCUCAGUAGCGGGGACAGCAAGGUACCGUUUGAAGACCUCAUCCAAGCUGGAGUCGUCCCUUCCUUGGUGAAGCUCCUAACGAAACCUUCACUGCAAGAAGAUGCAGUCUGGGCUCUCAGCAAUCUUGCCUCGGGACCUUCUAAAAGCUCCAAAGCCCUCAUAGAUCAUGGAGCAAUCCCGGCGUUGGUCCAGCUGUUGUCCACUACUAAUGAUGUUGUUAUCCAAGACCAUGCCGUCAUGGGACUGGGCAAUCUAGCGAGCGGAAACGGGGAUGCGAUUGUAAAAGCAGGAGGGUUGACGACCCUGCUGGACCUACUCCAGGAACCCCGACAAUCCCUGGACAUGGUGCGCCAGGCGACUUGGGCGCUCGGCAUGUUGUAUCGCGAACCACCCAACACGCUGGAUUCUAUUCAACAAGCCCUGCCCACUUUGCAAAAACUCCUGGAUCACAAAGACGAAGAAGUUCUGGGAGAUACAGUGUGGGCAUACGCCCAUAUACUGGCAGACUCGUCGGAUAUUCACAAUAUCAUUGGCGCCGUGGUGGAGUCUGGCGAUGGCAAAGUGGUAUCCAAAUUGGUGGAAUUCCUGCACAACGACAAUACUAGUAUACAGCGUGCGGCGCUCAAGGCCUUGGCCGGCAUUGCCGCGGGCAACGACCAUCAUAUCCAAUCCAUUUUGGACUGCAAGAAUUCCCUGACGGAUCUCCAAAAAGUCAUCGCUGCAGGUGACAACGAAGAAGAAGCGCUCCGAGUAGUGGCCAAUCUCUGCGGAGGAAUUACGAGCAUUCAAGUUGUCAUAGACAGCGAGAUUGUUCGCUUUCUGAUGCAGAUGAUACAAAACGGUGGGGCUCCAUUAUGGAAAAAGAAACCCGCCGCAGAAGGCAUCUUGUGUUUGGCUCGCAGUGCCAACACGGCCCAAAUGAGAUAUCUCAUUUCGGAAGGCUACGAGAAAUGGAAGACGACAAUGACGGAAUUGGUUCCCAAUCUUCCCCCGCCCAGGAUCAACAUCAAUUCCAAACGGUCGAGUAGUUCUUUGGGGGAUAGUACCAAACUCGCCGCCAGCCCCAAGCGCCCCAAGGCAAAGGAGGCUGCAGCCUCGCAAUCAGCAAAGUGGCAGCGAAAGGAAGGCGAGCGUCUCGAGAGGAACUAGCUAUGAUUGGGCGGUACCAAAGUCAAAGCACAAAAGAAGCAAUGAUCAUGGAGCAAUAAUGAUAUGAAUUUAAUUGAAUUUUUCAACGGGCAAAGCAAAGCAAACCAAAAUGAAAAUCAUAAUGGGCAAUAGACCGACCACCCGCCGUUCCCGGCCACGCUUGUUUGCUUCGUAUGGAUCCUGCCUC